AUGGCUCGCAUACUCAUUACAGGCUCAUCAGACGGGCUGGGCUCUCUCGCCGCCCGUGCUCUGGUCCAGAGAGGGCAUUCCGUGGUCCUGCAUGCGAGGAACGAUCAACGAGCCCAAGAUGCGAGGGCCGCCUGCGCUGGCGCCGAGACAUGCGUUGUCGCCGAUCUCUCCGACAUCUCACAGACCAAAGAGAUGGCCCAAGACAUCAACAAGCUGGGAGCAUUUGACGCAGUAAUCCAUAAUGCUGGUCUUUACACAGGUCCCUACCGCAGGACCAAAGAAGGUUGGCCAAGCAUUUUUGCAGUCAACACUUUAAGCCCUUACAUCCUCACCUGCCUGAUCGAUCCCAAACCUAAACGGCUCGUGUUCGUGUCGUCCGGCCUCCACAGUGGUGGCGACCCUACGUGCAAAGACAUCACAUGGCAAGAGCGUGGAGAAGGAGGUUUCAGAGAUUUCCAAGCAUACUCGGAUACUAAGUUCCAUGAUAUCCUGCUGUCCUGCUUUUUCGCAAGGAGAUGGCCUAAUGUGAAGAGUAACUCCUUGGAUCCAGGCUGGGUAGCUACCAAGAUGGGCGGUGCUGGAGCCCCGGGAGACAUCAAUGCUGCGGUUGAAACCUACGUGAUGCUUGCGGAAGGGACAGGUGAGGCCAAGGAUGCCUCAGGCAAGUAUUGGUAUCACUCUAAGAUAAGAUCGCCGAAGAGGGAAGCAACCAACGAGGCUAUCCAGCAAAACCUUACCAGCCAAUUGGAAGAGCUCACCGGAGUCAAAGUCCCUGACGCUUGA